AUGCGAUACGAAAGCGCACAAGUUCAACUUGCACUUUCCGAGAUUGCCGUUGCGGACAACAUGCCAUCGACGUGGACGUCCGAUCUCACGUUUGCGCUCAACGGCGCGAAAGUCGUGCUGCAGGAAGGCAGCGUUGGCCAGCUGCGGCUCGUCGACUACAUCCGCGACGUCGCACGGCUCACGGGCACCAAGGUCGCAUGCGGCGAGGGCGGCUGUGGCGCGUGCACUGUCGUGCUUCGUCAUCGCAGUGUGACCUCGUCGCAGCUCGUGACGCGCGCCGUCAAUGCGUGCUUGAUCCCGCUCGCUGCUAUCGACGGCAUGGAAGUGCUUACGGUCGAGGGCGUUGGCAACACCAAGACAGGCCUCCACCAAGUGCAAAAGACGCUCGUCGAAAAGUCGGGCAUGCAAUGCGGGUACUGCACGCCGGGCUGGGUUAUGAACAUGGUCGAGCUGCUGCAAAACAACGCGUCGCCGACGCAAGCUGCGAUUGAAGACCACUUUGACGGCAACCUCUGCCGCUGCACGGGGUACCGGCCGAUUCUGGCGACGAUGCACUCGUUUGGGUCCAAAAGCCUUGCGUACGAAGUCGACGACGGCGAUGCCUACAGCGGUGAAGACGACUAUGAGUUUCUUAAUCCAGCUUGCGAUCACGCCGAGUCGACGCGUGCGGCGAAGGGAUGCACAACGUCCUGCGCCGACUGCCCGCACAAGGCCAACAACGCCAGCAAUGUCGGCGACAUGGAAGACUUGCGGCCCGAUGUGACGUUUGACCGGACGUCGCAGGCACCACCGCCAGCGUUCAUUGCCGACUACACACCCGUGCCACUGCGCUUUGUUAACGGAGACCGUGCGUGGUACCGUGUGCUGACGCUCGAGCAACUUGCCGAGGUGCACACGCUGCAUCCCAAGCACGACGAUGUCAUGCUUGUGGGCGGUCUCACGUCACGGGGCGUCACCAAGUACUUGAACAGCACUGCGCCGUACCGCCACGUAGAGUUUCCACCUGUCCUCGUCGAUAUCACGCACAUCCCAGCUUUGAAAACGACGAGCGUGCACGAGAACAGCGUCGUCGUCGGCGCCGCCGUGACGCUUAACGAGCUGCUGCUACAGCUCUCGACCGUCGAUUCGGACGCGCUGCGCGUGCUCGCCAAGCAUGUCCGUCGCAUCGCCAACAACCAAGUGCGCAACGCAGCCACGUGGGCCGGCAACCUCGCACUCGCACGGACGUACCCGUCGUUUCCAUCCGACUUGGUCGUCGGCCUCGCAGGCAUUGGUGCGAGCCUCGAGGGGCAGGUCAACGGCGCCACCAAGACAUUCGCAGUGCUCGAGUACCUCGGGCUACCCAAAGAAGAUAGCGUCAUUUUGGUGGCGAUGACGCUGCCGAUCUUGGCGCACCCGGUGACAUUUCUCUGCCAUAAAGUCGCCCAGCGCGCCGUCAACGCGCACUCGCACGUCAACGGCGCUGUGCUGCUCGUUACCAACGCCGACCGCGUCGUCCAGCGCGCGACCAUCGUCUUUGGCACCGCCGUCGGCCACGUUGUGCAGUGUACCGAGACCCAAGCGUUUGUGCAAGACAAGUUGCUCUCAGAAGAUCACUUGCACGCGUCGUUGCCGUACCUCUUGAAGGACACGGCCGCGCUCCACGACUCGUUUGAAGCGUCGGUGUUGCAAGCGUUUUGGUACAAGUCGUGGCUGCAAGCACUGCCCACGCUCUCGUCCAAGACCCUUGCGUCGGCCGUACCCGAGAUGCCCCGGGCCGUCUCGUCUGGCAGCCAGUCGUUUCCAUCGCACACGUCGACGGCGCCGGUCGGCAAGGCGAUUCCAAAGCUUGCGUCCAAGCUCUUGGUGACGGGGGAAGCACGGUUCGUCGCCGACUUGGCGCCGCCGCCCAAUAUGCUCUACGGCGCGUACGUGUACGCCACGAAGGCCCUUCAGCGUGUGGUGCAGAUUGACGCAGGGCCGGCGCUGGCCGUCCCUGGUGUUGUUGACGUCGUGACGGCCAUUGACGUGCCGGGUGAGAACGCGACGGGCGACGGCAACGAGCCGCUUUUUGUGCCGACACGGGGACCGGUUCUCUACGUCGGCGCGCCUCUCGGCCUCGUCAUUGCCACAUCAGCGUCGAUCGCGCAAGACGCGGCGGCGCGCGUGCACGUGACGUAUGCGCCGCUUCGCAACGACCCUUUUUGGAAAGUGGAUGCGCCGGUGAUCUCGGUGAAGCAGGCGCGGGCGGCGCAGACGCUCGUGCCAUCAACGACCGCGACGCCCAACCCGAUCACGAUGAGUGGCAGCGACGACAACAUUGCGCAACAGCUGCAACGCGCCCAUCACAGGCUCUCUGGCACCGUCGACAUUGGCUCCCAGCGCCACAUGUACAUGGAGCCCCAAGCCACAUCGGCGCAUCCGGGCGAAGACGACGCGAUGGUGCUGCAUGCGUCGUGCCAAAACCCGUCGUUCGUGCAGAAGCGCGUCGCAUUACUACUGAGCGUGCCCCAGCACGCGAUUACGAUCGAGAUGAAGCGGGCGGGCGGCGGCUUUGGCGGCAAACUCAGUCGCAACAUCCUCAAUGCGGGGGCCGCCGCUGUUGCUGCCUCCAAGCUGGGCGUUCCCGUUCAAGUCGUCAACGACCGCAACACGGACUUCCAAAUGAUUGCGGGCCGCGAAGCCAUGGUGGGCGAGUACACGGUCGGGUACGAUGACGCGGGGCGCAUCACCGCACUCGACGUGCAGCUGCACUGUGCGCUCGGCGCCUACGCGGGCGACAACAUGGGCGACAUUACGAUGGCCGUCAUGUGGGCGGAUGGCGCCUACUUCAUUCCCCACAUGCGGUGCGAGGCAUAUCUCUACUUGACGAAUACGCCGACGUGUACGUCGGUGCGCGCACCCGGCGUGCCCAACACGACGCUGCUGCUUGAGAUCAUCGUGCAUCACAUUGCGUCGGCGCUCAACAAACCCGUGGCGUGGAUCCAAGCCCGCAACAUGCUGCACGAUGGCCACAAGACGCCGUACGGCCAAGUGCUCUCGAACGUGACGCUGCCACGUAUUUGGGACCGGCUCCGUGAGAGUGCCGACGUGCUCCGGCGCAAGGAAAAGAUCGCGUACUUCAACGCCAACAAUCGCUGGAAGAAGAAGGGCCUCUCGAUGACGCCGGUCAAGUACGGCAUGGGCAUCUCGGGCCUCAAGUACGGCGCGAAUGUCUCGAUCUUUAGUGGCGAUGGCACCGUGCUCGUCACCCACGGUGGCUGCGAAAUCGGACAAGGCAUUGAUACGAAAGCCGCACAAAUGGCAGCCUACGCGCUUGGUAUCCCGCUCAAUAUGGUGCGUGUGCGCGCCACGAGCACGGACUUCGUGCCCAACAGCGACGCGACCGGCGGCUCGAGCACGUCCGAGUCGAUUGCGCGCUCCGUGCGUGCGGCCUGCAACACGCUCAACGCCCGCCUGUUGCCCAUUCGCGCAGCGCAUCCCGACAUCAAGGAGUGGACGGCACUGGUGGCCGCCGCCCAUGACGAGGGCGUUCACCUCGCAGCGUCCGAGCAACCGCACACGUCGAGCAACGAGACGUUCGACUACUUUGUGUACGCAGCCGCGGCCUCCGAGGUCGAAGUGGAUGUUCUCACGGGUGAGGUGUCGCUCGUGCGCACGGAUAUCAUGUACGACUGCGGCGUGUCGUUCAACCCCGCGAUCGACAUUGGCCAAAUCGAAGGCGCGUUGGUGAUGGCGCUCGGGUUCUUCUUCCAAGAAGAAGUGCUCUACGAUGAAAACGGCGUCCUGCUCUCGUCGGGCACGUGGGAGUACAAGAUCCCGUCGACCAAAGACAUUCCGCAGCAGCUGCACGUGACGCUCCUCGACAAGACGGAGAAUGAAAAGGGCGUCAUGAGCUCGAAAGCGGUUGGCGAGCCGCCGUUCCAGCUCGCCAACUCGAUCUACUUUGCGAUCAAGGACGCGAUCGCGCACAGCCGCGACGAACGCGGUCUCCACGGCUUCUUCCAGCUCGACUUGCCCGCGACGGUCAAGCGCCGGCAGGAAGCAGCCCAUGUGACGCCCGCCUCCGACUAUCGCCUGUAG